AUGAUUAUCGACGGCGAGACGUACGCGUGCGAGAGCUGCGUUCGCGGCCACCGGACGCGCACUUGCCAGCACAACGAUCGCCCUCUGCAACACAUCAAGGCUAAAGGCCGUCCAGUGUCGCAGUGCAACCACUGCCGCUCAGAGCGCAAGAACCGAUCGGCGCAUGUCAAAUGCCAAUGUGGCAAACGGGCGUCCGAGGGGGGGUCAGGUACCAAGUCUUCCAACAUAGUCCUUGCUAGAGGCAUGGGGCUAACAGCGCAUCUAGACUGCGGUUGCUUUUCUGGUGGGAAAUGCAAAUGCGCAACCAAAAAGAGCCCAAAGCAAGAGCCCACACAGCUUGGCGACAUAUCAGAGGGCAUGUCCGAUCUGGCGUCGCCAGCCAGCACGUGGAUUACAGCCAGCCCAGGACCGCUACCUGUCAACACAGACUUUCAAUGGUCAGAAGGCGCGAUACCGGCGUCGAACUUCUCGUCGCUGGACGAUCUGGCCCAAUUUGAUCCCAACGCCUGGAUCACCAGCCUACCGCUUGACGCUGCGGCAGCUUUUGGUGGAAGCCAGUUGGACCAAAGCGCCCUCACCACGCUGCCUACCACGGACGCAGAAAUGGCGCAUCUCCCCCCAGAAUAUCACCAGCCAUUUGCGACGGGCAUGCCUGAUCUCGCAAACAUGGCGGAUUGGCCGGCCUUGGAUGACGAAGCGGCCAAGGAAUUCCUUGCCAUGAUGGAUACUUCAGCGGGCGUGGAUUUGAACGGCUUCGAUGCAGGCACGUUCCAUAUAGAGCACGGAAGUCACCCGGAUGCACCCCUCGGACUAGAAUUUUCUUCUGUAGGCGAGCAACUACCACCUGCGCAACCAGCUACAGGCGCGUCAAGUGGCACCAAGUGCAGCUCGAAGCAGGACGAAGGAUGCGGACCUUGUUGCGGGUAG